AUGAAGUACUUCUCCGCAGCAAGCCUUCUGCUCGGCCUAGUCGCCGCUGUGCCCGCAACGGCCGAAAAGAUGAUCGCAAUGCCAAAAAUGGACGACAUGCUUAACAUGUACACGCCAUGUCUGAUCAACUGCCAACGAAGCCUGCAAACCUGCGUUAGCCAAAGCGGGCCCAUUGCCGAAACCUGCGCUCAGAAUUUCGCCAAGUGCCUUCUGACUUGUCAGGAUAAUAUCUUCUCGACCAUGGGCAUGGAUAGAUGUGCCAACGCCUGCACUUCGAUUGCAAUUGAUGAUGGAGCCGAAGGAAAGGACAUGAACAUGGUCCAGUCGGACCUCAAGAGCUGCCUCAAGCAGCGGUGCUCUCGGAGCAUGAACUAA